AUGGCACUCUUAUGCCAAACAAGCAACUGGGUAUUACAGAUUUCAUUGAAAACGUAUCAAAUGUUCUACCCCACUCUGCAUCUUCGCAAGUUACCAACUGUCUUUGGGUGCUUAAUUUGUACAACGUCCUCUCAGUCUGCAAAACCCAUGGAUCCCAAAGCAAUUUGUAAGGGGUCUCCCAAGUUAAACUCUAGAGAAAAAGAGGAUGACAUAAGACAGAGCAGAGCUGGGAAAGAUUAUUUCUCUCCCCGUCCUUUCAACGUGUUUGCUGCUGGAGCUUCCAAAAAGAGAUCAACAUCUCAAGACAUUCUUAAAGAUGUAAAGAAACCCAUUUCUUCUAAAAGGACAAUUCUCUGUCCUCCUGAAAAACCUUUGAGUGUGGAGGAAUGGGCAAAGAUGAUCGGAGAAUUUGGAACAAUUAGAAAGUUUGAAGAGGUAAUGUUAGAGCAAAUGAUUGCUCACCACAGCCCCAUAGAUGUGGCUAAGUCCUUGCUUGUUGCAGUUGCUGAUCGAGAGGGGGAUAUUGGGUAUGGUCUCUUGGUGAAAUACUUGGCUCUGUGUGUCUCUCAGAAGCAGGUGGAGGAGAUAUAUGAUAUCCAUGACAUCAUGAAAACCAGAUUUAAAACUUUAGAAACAUCAGCUUAUAGUCUCCUGAUCAGAGGCCUGAGUGGUUCUCAACGCUGGAAGGAGGCAUUGUCCUUGCUGGAGGAGAUUAAAAAAGUCAUGACCCCUUCAAGAGGAAACUAUGGGGAUUGCAUCAAGGGGGCCCUUAUUAACCAAGACAUAAAUCUAGCAUGUGAACUUUUUAAUGAGAUGAUAGCAAAGAAUUUGGUGCCAUAUUUGGAUACCAUACAGGCUUUCUUUGACAUUGGCAAAAGUGUGAGGGAUGACCAGUGGGAAACCAAACUCAUUCACAUCCUCUCCUACUUAAGAGAUAAUCAAGUGUAUCCUGGAGAAGCGCUAAUGCAGAGCAUCAACCAGUGGUUUGAAAGUCUUCCUGGAGAGAACUGGAAAGGAAACUUAACUACCAUAAACAAUAGUGGACAGUGCCGUUCUUGUAAUCAGUACUUGGAAGAUAUUAAUCUGAGCCCUGAAGAAUACAACAUUCUCAAGGAAAAAAUAAUAAAGGAUGUGAUCCAAGGGAGAGAUGCAUUUAGGAAAACAACCCCCCAGGAACUUGAAGAAUUUCAGACCUUUGUGAACAAGUGUCCUCCUUUUGAUAUUGUGAUAGAUGGCCUUAAUGUUGCCAAAGUUUCCCACAGACAAAAUUCCUCUCAAACUUUGCUAGAUGUUGUCCUCUACCUAGCAAAGCAUAAUUUGCGAUUGCUUGUGCUGGGACGUAAACACAUGCUGAAAGGAUCUCGCCUUUGGGACCAGAAAAAUAUGGCCAUAAUGCAGAAGAAAGCAGACUUCUUCUUUACUGAAAAUGUGUCUGAAGAUGAUCCCUUCCUGCUCUAUGCCACUCUUCAUUCUGGCAGCCAUUGCAAGUUUGUUACCAGGGAUCUGUUACGCGAUCACAAAGCUUGUCUUCCUGACAAUCUCACUCGACGCCUGUUCUUUAAAUGGCAGCGAGGACAUCAGAUGGUGCUAUCUGACUAUGUACCAGGAAAGAGGAUAAAAUUUGAGCCCGUACUGAAUUACGAUACCAUUGUGCAGACUGCAGGUAGCACGUGGCAUAUUCCCUAUGACAACAGUCUUUUGGAAAGAUCUUCUUAUGAAGUGCCAACAAAAUGGCUUUGUCUUCAACAGAAAUAAAGGAUCAAUUUUUCU